AUGCGCUGUGCGACACGGCGUACCUUCCUUCCGGCCGCCAUCUCGCUAUCUGUCGCGGCUGCAUCUGGCCCCGUCUUCCUGUUUGUGUUUUUUGUGUUUUUCCCCGUUUCGGUAGCGCUGUGCUCGCCCCAAGAAGAUGAAAGAAACAAUUAUGAAUCAAGAAAAGCUUGCCAAGCUUCAGGCUCAAGUGCGCAUUGGUGGCAAGGGUACUGCCCGCAGAAAGAAGAAGGUUGUCCACAGAACAGCUACAGGAGAUGACAAGAAACUUCAGUUUUCUUUGAAGAAACUGGGAGUCAACAAUAUUUCUGGUAUUGAAGAGGUAAAUAUGUUUACCAACCAAGGAACAGUCAUUCACUUCAAUAACCCUAAAGUUCAGGCAUCUCUGGCUGCUAACACUUUCACUAUUACUGGCCAUGCUGAGACAAAGCAGCUGACAGAAAUGCUUCCUAGUAUCUUAAAUCAGCUUGGAGCUGAUAGUUUCUCCAGCCUGAGGAGACUGGCAGAAGCCCUACCCAAGCAAUCUGUGGAUGAGAAAGCACCACUUGCUACUGGUGAAGAUGAUGAUGAAGUUCCAGAUCUUGUUGAAAACUUUGAUGAAGCUUCAAAGAACGAGGCAAACUGAACGAAGUGUCACUUGGAAUAAAGUUAAAAACUCGAAAAAGCUACAUGGAGCUGCUAUUUUAUAUUGUGACUUUUAUUUGAAUUUAUUUCCUGAUGAGUUCUCAAAACUUGUAAUUGAAAAAUCCUUGAACCUGCAGCUCUUCUUAGUUACUGUUUGUAUACAAUAUUAUUUUUGUGGCCUGAUUGAAUAAACUUAUGCUUUGAAGUAAGUCAGAUUGCUAAUGAA